AUGAGCGCACGCGGUGAAGGCGCCGGGCAGCCGUCCACUUCAGCCCAGGGACAACCUGCCGCCCCGGCGCCACAGAAGCGAGGACGCGGCCGACCCAGGAAGCAGCAGCAAGAGCCGACCUGUGAGCCCUCUCCUAAGAGACCCAGGGGAAGACCCAAAGGCAGCAAAAACAAGAGUCCAUCUAAAGCAGCUCAGAAGAAAGCAGAGGCCAUUGGAGAAAAGCGGCCAAGAGGCAGACCUAGGAAAUGGAGCUCACUGCCUCUGCUCCCUGGAGGUGACUCCUUCCUUUCUCUUCCCACAUCAAAGGAGUCUCCACUCUUCCUGCCAGGGGCCACAGGGACGAUUUGUUUACAGGUUGAGUAA